AUGGUGCACUGGUCAGCCGAGGAGAAGCAGCUCAUCACCAGCAUCUGGAGCAAGGUCAACGUGGAGGAAUGCGGAGCUGAGGCCCUGGCCAGGCUGCUGAUUGUCUACCCCUGGACCCAGAGGUUCUUCUCUUCCUUUGGGAACCUGUCCAGCCCCACUGCCAUCAUUGGCAACCCCAAGGUCCGCGCCCAUGGCAGGAAAGUGCUCAGCUCCUUUGGGGAAGCCGUGAAGAACCUGGACAACAUCAAGAACACCUACUCCAAGCUGUCCGAGCUGCACUGCGACAAGCUGCACGUGGACCCCGAGAACUUCAGGCUCCUCGGAGACAUCCUAAUCAUUGUCCUGGCCUCCCACUUCGCCAGGGAUUUCACCCCUGCUUGCCAGUUUGCCUGGCAAAAGCUGGUCAAUGUUGUGGCUCACGCGCUGGCCCGCAAGUACCACUGA